GGAUGAUGACAUUUUGCUGCUCGCAAUCUUUUGAGUUGUUUUUAAAUUAUUGCCACAGAUUAAGAAGCUAAAGAGAACAUGUUUAUGAAAGCUUAAGGUCUUUCUUUCUAGCCAACGCUGAGUCAGAGCCACAUUUGUUGUGGCUUAUUAAAUAGCUGUCAUGGCAACCGCAAUUCCCAGUACCCAAGACCCGGCGACCCAGCGACCGGAAGGCAGAGCGUAACCAAAAUUGAGCCCUAGACGCAGGCCACAACAAAGCGAAAGGAUUUCUCAAAUUAAAACUCAUCAACGAAAUAAAGGCAAAAGAAAUCGAAAUAAAAAUAAAUCAAGCAGCAGCAGAAGGAACCACUAAAAAACAUUAGCAGGCAGCAAAGAGCAGAAGCAACAGCAGCAGUAGGAGAUGGCAGCGGGGCGUGGCGGUCAAGGAAUGACACGCAUCCGGUUUUAAAAUUCCAGCCCAACCGAGCACAAGUUGAAGAAGACGAAGCAGAGCAGCCAAGCAGCGAGAAGCAGGAGGGCAGCUGCCCAAAGGAAUUCAAACACUUGAAAUUAAGAGCAGAGCAAAACAAGGCCUUUUUGGUUGGGUGUCCCCGCCAAAUGACGCCAGCUGCGACGUCGGCAGCGACGCUGGCCACAUUGGAGCUGCAAUAUUUUCGUGCCGUCUCGCUCUAUCGUCGGCGCAGCUACGAGCAAUGCGCCGAGGUGUGCAACGCGCUGCUCCAAGCGGGCCACGACAACAAUGUCCAAAUCUUUGCCAAACAUGAGCAACAGCAGCAGCAGGAAGAGGCGCAGCAAGAGCAGCAGCAGACGGAGCACGAGUCGAGCCAGAGCUAUAAAUACGGUAGCCAUUUGCAGCGAAUUGGCCCGCGGCGAAGACGCGGCGAAGCGGCAAAGGAUGGCGGCACAGGCCAGCCCGUGGCAUCCAUAAUGCCCACUUGGCUGAUGGAAGGCGUCUGGCAGCUAAAGAUGCGCGCUCUGACGCAGCGCGUCUACUUGGAUGAUCUCGAGGUGGAUGAUGCGGACGAUGGGGUCAAUGAGGAGGUGGAGUUUGAGCGCAUUGCAACGGCAGCGCGACCCGGCACCAGCAUCAAGACGGCCUUUCAGCCGCGUCCCAGCACCAGUCAGCGACGUGCAACGGCUCUGAGCCAUUCCAGCGGCAGCACACGUCCCGGCUCGGGAGUGACGCGUCCGGGCACGGCUAUCAGUCGACCGGGUUCCUCGCUGGGCGCACGUCCCGCCUCGAGAUGUGGCACAGCGUCGCGGGUGCGCGCCACCUCAGCGGCAGCCUUCAAUGUGGGCGAUGCGACGGCCGCGCUGUAUCAGGCUUCACGGCUAAAUCCCACUAUCUAUGCGGAAAGAGAGGCGAUUGUGAAGGCGCUAUUCCAGUUCCUUUACUACCACGAGGCUGAUGUGCAGAAAGCGCAUUCGCUCUGCGAGGCGGUGCUCGAUGUGCAGCGGCAGCGACCAGGACUGACAGCCCUAGCCACGCCUGCGGAUGCCGCCCGUACGGAUUGGUGGUGGCAGCAGCAGCUGGGCCGCUGUCUGCUGGCUCUGCACUAUCCACGUCGUGCCGAGAGCCAUCUGCAGCAAUCGCUGGCCGCAUUUCCGCAUCCAGAUACGUAUCUCCUGCUUUCACGACUGUAUCAGAGGCUGCGUCAGCCGGAGCGAUCGCUGGUGCUCAUUGGCCAGGCAGUGGAGCGACAACCAUUCGAUGUAACCUACAGGCUGGAGCAGGCACGCGUUCACGCAGCCAUGUCACAGCAGGAGGAUGCACUGCAGCUGUAUCGCCUGGCCGCCCGACUGCAGCCCAUCAAUGUGGAGGCGUUGGCCAGCAUCGCCGUCGGCUAUUUCUACGACAACAAUCCGGAGAUGUCGCUGAUGUACUAUAGACGCAUCCUGUCCCUAGGCGUCCACACCUCGGAGCUGUACUGCAAUAUAGCUCUCUGCUGUCUAUAUGGCGGUCAGAUUGAUCUGGUGCUGCCUUGCUUUCAGCGCGCUUUGCUGAUGGCCACGCAGCCGGAGCAGAAGGCAGACAUUUGGUACAAUCUCAGCUUUGUGGCGUUGACAUCUGGCGACUUCAACCUGGCCAAACGCUGCCUGCAAUUGUGCCUCACUUCCGACGCUCGCGACGGAUCUGCUCUGAACAAUUUGGCUGUGCUGGCUGCUCAUGGCGGGGACAUUAUGGGUGCCAAGUCUUAUUUGAAUGCGGCCAAGGAUGUGCUGCCCGAUGCGGGCGAAGUGACCGCCAAUCUGCAGUACAUGGAUCUCAACUACAAGCUUUAGAUUUGAGUUUAUUUUGCACAGAAAUAAAUCUAUUAACAGAAACCCAAUCAG